GAUGCUGACCAGGGUGGACCCAGCUGCAGCAGCCCAGAGGUGGAGCAACGUUGUUGCAAGACGCAGUUAUCAUGUGCCAUUUCCAAACAGUUUAUGGCACAUAGAUGGCCACAUGCGUCUCAUACGAUGGGGAUUUGUGACCCACGCUGGAAUUGAUGGUCGUUCUCGUGUGAUCACGUUCCUGAGAUGCAGUACAAACAACACUGCUAUAACUGUGCUUUCACAUUUUGUCAGAGCCACUUGUCAAUAUGGAGUCCCAUCAAGAGUGAGGUCAGAUUGCGGAGGUGAAAACACUUUGGUUGCACUGCUAAUGACUUUGUUAAAUGGACAGGGUCGUGGUAGCCACAUCACUGGCAGAUCGGUUCAUAACCAGCGGAUUGAACGUCUUUGGAGAGAUGUGUUCAUCCAGGUCAUCCACAGUUUCUAUAAUCUCUUUUACUCUUUCGAGGAAGACCUAAUUUUGGAUCCAAAUGACAACAUCCAUAGGUUUUCACUGCACAAGACAUACCUGCCUGAAAUCCAGAAUAGUUUGGAUUGUUUCAGAGUUGCAUGGAACAGUCACAGUCUACGCACAGAGCACAACUGCACACCCAAUCAAAUCUGGAUGGACGGCAUGCUUGGAAACAUUCACCAAAAUGCCACAGCUGUGCAGAGAGUCUUUGGGGAGGAUCCGUACACAGAGGAAAGCUUGGAAACAAUGUUGGGAAGAUAUGAUAUUCAGCUACCUCGGUUGCAAGCUGAAGCUGAUAAUGAUGACCUAGACCGAGCUGUCAUCGUAGAACCACCUCCGGUUGCUCUGACGCCUGAACAAGAGCAGGCUCUUCAGGAUGCCUUGACGGGGAUCACAGAUUUAAAACUGAGGUAUCAAAGCUGCUGUAGAGUUUUGAGUGAAUUUGGCAUUGGACAGUGAAUGUAUGCGAGUCGUCCAGUUUCUUGCAGUAAGGUACACAGGAAGACAAGUGUUGUAGCCGAUAGUCUGUAUGUUUAGUAGCAGCGUGGCAAAGGUUUACGGGCACGCUGAGGGAUCCCGGAGUGCAACAUGUUUGAAUACUUUAUAUCAAGUGUGAUUAAUGAAAUGGGAAGCAGCAGUAAUACUUUGUAUGAUGUACCAUGUUGUGUUUUGUCUGUAAAUGAGAACCUAGUGCACUGUAAUAUGGCAAUUGUAAUCCUACAUGUACCUACAAUGAUUGG